AUGUUGGCACAGCAUCUAAUUCUGUCGCUCUUUGUCGCCAGCAGUCGCGCGCUGACAGCGGCCCAAACCGCGCCAGUCGAGGAGUACGAUGUGCUGCAAUAUGUCGACCCGCUGAUCGGCAGCGCCAACGGAGGCAAUGUCUUCGCGGGUGCUUCAUUACCGUAUGGCAUGGCCAAGGCCGUCGCCGAUACCGAUUCUGUGAACAACCAGGGCGGUUUCGCGUACGAUGGCAGCAAUGUGACGGGCUUCUCGAGCAUGCACGACUCCGGCACUGGUGGGAGUCCUUCUCUCGGCAAUUUCCCUCUUUUCCCCUAUGCGCAAUGCAAAGACGAUGAGGUGAAUGGCUGCGCCUAUCCGAAGAGAUCUCGGGCUACACCCUAUACUCCGGGCUCAGUGCAGGCCCGCCCCGGCUACUUCACGCUGUCGCUUAAGUCGGGGGUUCAUGUUGAAAUGACAACCGCUCAGCAUACAUCCCUGUUUCGAUUUAAUUUCCCCGAAGAUAGCAAGCCGCUGAUCAUGCUGGAUCUUUCGGAUCUGUCCAACUCCCGGCAAGACAAUGCAUCUAUCUCAAUUGAUCAUACCAGCGGCCGCAUGACCGGUAGCGGCAAGUUCCUGCCCAGCUUCGGUAGUGGAGCAUAUACGCUCCACUUCUGUGCCGAUUUCCAAAGCUCUGGCGCGUUGCGGGAUAGUGGGAUUUUUGUCGAUGCGCGCGCCAGCGCGGACGUCCAUGAUCUGACCAUUUCCCGAAGUAUCAAUGGAUAUCCACUUCCGGGUGGUGGUUUUGUUCGACAUGAGACUCCUCCAGAUGGAAGAGUCCAAGCCCGCGUGGGUGUAAGCUUCAUCAGCCCCGAGCAAGCGUGCUCUCACGCGGAAGCCGAGAUUGGUGAUUUCGAUUUUGAGUCUACACGCCAGGCCGCUGUUGAUCAAUGGACUGAGAAGCUCCGUCCAAUUCGUGUCUCACGAAAUGGUGUAACGGCAUCGGCACUCACUAACUUUUAUAGCGGUAUCUACCGAACCAUGGUCAACCCCCAGAACUAUACGGGCGAAAAUCCGUUAUGGACCAGCUCCGAGCCAUACUUUGACUCUUUCUACUGGUUUGUGAGCAACUCCGGAGCCCAUCUGUAUGCACUAACAACGAUCAGCCUCUGGGAUUCUUUCCGCUCCCAGAUUCCCUUCCUCAUAAUCUUUGACCCUCGCGCAGUCGCCCAGAUGGUGCGCUCUCUUAUUGACACCCAGCGCCACUUAGGAUGGUUACCAGACUGCCGCAUGUCUCUAUGCAAGGGGUUCACGCAAGGCGGCUCAAAUGCCGAUAAUAUCCUGGUUGAUGCUUAUGUCAAAGGUCUGAAUGACGGAAUUGACUGGGAAGCAGGUUAUGCAGCAGUUCAGAAGGAUGCCGAAGAGGAACCAUAUGAUUGGUCCAACGAGGGCCGUGGAGGUCUCCGAAGCUGGAAAGAACUGCACUACAUACCCGUGGAAGACUUUGACUACUGGGGCUUUGGCACGAUGACACGCAGUAUUUCACGCACGCUUGAAUAUUCAUACAACGACUUCGCUAUUGCUCAAAUGGCGCGUGGCCUCAACAAGACUGAUGACGCUGAGAAAUACGAGAAAAAUUCAGAGUCUUGGAAGAACUUAUUCAAGGAGGACCAAACCUCACUUGUCAAUGGCACAGACACUGGAUUUACUGGUUUCUUCCAGCCCAGAUACUUAAAUGAAACCUGGGGACAUCAGGAUCCUCUCAUGUGCUCAAACAUUGAUAACAACGGAAGCAUUUGCUCUCUGCAAAACACUGCUGGAGAGACUUUCGAGUCCAGUAUCUGGGAAUAUCAAUUCUUCGUACCUCACGACAUGGCCGCUCUCAUUCCCAUGCUUGGUGGCACCUCCGACUUUGUCAAGCGCCUUGACUACCUGCACGACCAGAACAUUACCUAUAUUGGUAACGAACCAGCUUUCUUGACUGUCUUCCAAUAUCAUUACGCUGGCCGUCCCGCUAAAUCCACCGCCCGGGUUCGCACCUACAUUCCGGAUUAUUUCUCUCCCACACCAGCAGGGCUUCCCGGCAAUGACGACUCUGGUGCCAUGGGCUCGUUCGUUGCAAUGUCCAUGAUGGGUCUUUUCCCGAACCCAGGACAAAGCGUUUACUUAAUUACUGUCCCUUUCUUUGAAUCUGUGAGCAUUGUAUCGCCUCUUACAGGCAAUACAGCCACCGUGAGCGUUUCGAACUGGAGCAAUUUCAACUCACUCAACAACACCGGGAGCGCUGGGUUUAUCCAGUCGGCUACUCUAAAUGGCAAGCCAUAUACCCGAAAUUGGAUCGGCCAUGACUUCUUCACCGAGGGGCAGGACCUAGUGCUUGUUCUGGGUAGUAACGAAAGUACCUGGGGCACUGCACCCGAUGAUCUGCCACCUUCCCUGUCGGACGGUACAUCGUCGACCAUGCACAGACGUUCAUUUGGUGGUAUAGUUGAAAAUUUGAGUGAACCUGAGCUGCCCCUUGUCAGCAUCCGAGGAAAUUAUGCGAAGCAUGCUGUGCACUUGGAUCAUCACGCUCGCUUUGCGAGAGAACCCCAUUGGCAGAAAGGAUGGUAA